ACAAACCCAAACCUCACCCACUCUCACACACAGUCACACCACAUACUACAGGACCGUUCGCUCAGGAUGGCCACUCACAGAAAAUGCCACAAAGCGUCAAAUGUUGCUUUCUUAAUCUGUCUUUUUGCUGCCUUGUUUCAAGCUGUGAUUUGUGAUGAUAUGCCUGAAGAUUUGGACAGAAUCAUCCGUGGGGACGGUGAUCCACUUCCAACAGUAAAGGUGCACAGCAAAGAAGAUCCUCAGAUCCAGAUUUUAAUUUUCCCCACCAUGUCACCUGAUUCAGAGACCUCAGAGACGCCACAAACUGAGACCACUGAGCCAACUCAACCUGACAAACAGACCCCAGAUCAGACCAACCCAAACCCACCUGAAAAAAACAGUGUCACUUCUAAGGGCAAUGUGGUCUGUGUGGAUGAAAUACCGGUGCGAUACAAAUAUGAUGUGCUGCUGAAACUAAAGGCCUCCUCUACAUGUGAAGAGACUAAAGUCAGGAUACAGAGUGUUCUAGAACAUCUCUGCGGUGAAGACUGCAAACUUGAAAUCUAUCAGAUAGACAACACGGAUGAGAUCAUUAUUUAUGGAGACAGCAUUGAGGCUGAUCCUGAGGGAAUGGCUGGGAAGUUCAACAACGACAACAUCACCGAUAAGGUGGAAGUAGAGGAAGCGGUGUCCCGAAUGGGCCAGCGCUCUAAAAUUGUCCUGAUCUCUCUUCUGAUAACGGGUUUGCUUCUUGCUGCUUUGCUAAUUGCUGGAUACCUUCUAAAGAUUAAUCGAGGGCAAUCAAAAGGACUUCGACUGGCUGAGGACUCCUUUCAAGUGGAUCAAGAGAACCAAGGCAACACACUGCUGUCUGUGGCUCCUCUGCCUCAACAGGAGCCUCUGGACAAGCCUAUCAUCAAUGGAGAGUCUCCAGAAUCACCCCCGACCAAUGGACACUCCACCACCCAGACACAAGUGGCCGAUACUCCGAUGUAAGCGACUCGGAGACAACAUCAAUCUAUUGACCAACGUGAAGAGUGAACAAACAUCAUGAGUUAGCAUUCACAACAGCAUUAGGUGUGAGAAACACAGUGAUGAAAGUACAAGCAACUCAUGUGAAAAGACUUAUUGCUGGGCAGCCUUUUGUGUAAACACAAGAGAUAAAUGAACCAAAUCUGUUCCAGUUGAGCCUGAAAUGUUAGCUGAUGAAUAACAAUUCAGAAACCACAUCAAUUAUAUACAAACAUUUACACUUUCAAAUAUGUUUGAACUCCACCAGUGCAAAAAUUCUCUUGAGAUCUUCCAUGCUUAAGGAAUUUGUAAGCUGCAUAUAAUGAAUAGGAUUUGUAUUAUACGUUUAGAUGAGCCAAAAUCUUAAGUAUGUACAGUAUUCAUACUGGAAAAGCAUUCUCAAGUCUACAACUGCUGCUCUGCAUAGUAUUGGUUACUAGCAUGUUCGUUAACAUUAAUGCGUUAGGUAUUACAAAAUAACAACGAACAAUAUUUUUACAGCAUUCGUUAAUCAAUGAUGAUGCCAAUUUCUAUACAUAAUACAUUUUAACAUAUCAAGUUGUAUAAAUGAACAUUAAUUAUGAAUGAACAUUAACUGAUUAUUAAAUGCUAUGAAAUUGUUCAUGUCGAUGUUGUUCAUGAAAUCGAAUUCAUUAAUGUUAACGAACUGAAACUCAUUAUAAAGCCUUAUCCUUAUUUUUCAUUUUCAGGUACAUCAGAAUUGUUACUAUUGUCUGCAUUUAACAGUUCUUAAAAUUAGGAUUCUUAUCAGAUAGAAUGGGGUUAUCAAAUCUGGCCUUUCACUGACAUAAAUGUAGUCUCCUUUUCAAUUGCCUAUGUUAGUAUUUUGCAUUUGCCACUCUUGAUUUGAUUCAUUUCGGUAAUAUUCAGGAUGCUUUCGCAUUUGGCAGAUGCUUUUAUCGAAGCAACUCUUGCAUUUAAAAUACAUUUAAUCAGUAUGCGUGAUCCUGGAAACUGAACUCAGGACCUUGGCAUUUCUAACAUUAUUCUCUACAAGCUGAGCUGAAAAAUGUGUAAAAUGGUAUCUCAUAACACAAGUACUGCUAAAAAUCUUGGGUGUCAGACAUGACUCACUCUCACAAAACUUAAUGGUAAAGACAAAAUAGCCCCUACAACAACAACAACAAAACAUUACCUUUACUGUUUGUGUAAUUGCAUAUAUUUUUAUACAAAGUAUAUUUUGUUUUAUACUUUUUUGGUUUGGUGUGUAAUCUAGUCAUUCAGUUACUCAGUUGGGAGGGGUGGGGGUGGAGAUGAAGAAAAACAUGAAGAUGUAGGAUUGUUGUUUAGCAUGUGGAAGUGAAUGUGUAUGAUGAGUGAGUUCUUAUAUUGUUUUGUUUGUCAUAUCAUUUCAUUUAUUGUGAAGAAGCCAAAUUUCUGAACCGCUAGAGAACAAAACACAAUUUUCAUAUUUUUUGAACACAAUAUCAAUAAUUUAGAGUGAUUAGCAUAGUAUGUUUUUUACUGUAAUUGUCUUGACAUUCUGAGAAAUCUUGAAAAAUGUAAUAAACUUUUGUUUGCGUCA